UUUGGGGAGCUAUUGGAACCAUCUGGGUCCGAAUCACUCGUUUCUACGGACCCGCGUGAACUGUCUAGGAGGCCAUCGUUCCUCUUGAGACAUCGUUCCAAUUUCCGACACUUUAUCAUCCUCCCGACCAACCAUUCCACCGCGCAACCGAUCAAUUCAAUCGUUUCCUCUCUGGUACGGUCGAACAAGGUUCUCUCGUGGAUGGAGACAACAUUCAGGGUCUUCUGCGAACCAUCUCGAUCUCCCAGCCGUCCGUACCAAACGACAUGACCAAGAAUACGUUCUCGUCGAGGAGCUCCCGGCAACGGGGUUCAAUGCCUUCGAAAUUCUCAGCUCUUGCCCUCGCACUUUUCGCGGCGAGUAGUCUUCCAGUUGCCACGGCUCAGAAUUGCAUCUCUCUAGCCGGCUCCAGCGAGUGUUCAGCAUUCAACGCGUCGUCGAUAUCCACGACCGGCGAGGUUGCUGGGAUAUUUCCUUUCCUUGCAUUCGUUUCAGACCGACAAACUUUUGACGAACAAUUACGGCAGUACAUCGCAACUUCAUACCCACGACACAAAUACCAGCAGCUCAUUGGCUGUUCGUCUGUCAAUCUUUCUAACACCACCGCCCUCUAUGCACGAUACACGACAAGUGUAAUUUGUAAUGCCAUUGUGCAGAAUUCAAUAGGAACAUGCAGCCUCUCGGCGGAUCAAUCGGCGCCGUUGUGCGCAGAUGCUUGUGCCGAACAAGCGAUUAGCGAGCAACAGAUCACCGCAAGUCCUGAACUCUGCGGGACGCCGGGAACCGGUGCCUUGAGCCAAAUCCGCGCCGAUUUCACCAAUUGUGCCCUUCCUGGCGGCGCACUUGACAACAAGCUCUGUGUCUCGGGGUGGGAGAACGAGCCCAACAAUUGUGGUUAUCAGGACAACCUUGGCGGCCUCUGCGCUUACUGCGCGACGAGCACAGUCAACUCCACCGAUUCCUGUUGCAUUAAUGCACAGGCCGAAUCCCGCUGCGUGAAUGUCCGACUUCCCUUCACCACCUCCGUGGCCCCUCUAUUCCCCUCCUCCACUGCCCCAGGAUCUCAACCUACCAACGGAACCGCACCUGUUGCAUCCGACUCGGAUGGACUGUCAGGUGGAGCCAUCGCCGGCAUCGUCGUCGCUUCCAUCGCCGGUGCGGUAAUUAUCCUCCUGCUCAUCGCCGGCAUCCUCAUCCUCCGCCGCCGUCGCGCCGCUACCUCCCACUCCAACAGCUCCCUCAAUCAACCUACUCCAUCCCGCCAUGGACCACCCGCACCCGCCAUGUCCUUCACCGGAAGCAGCGGCGUGGGCGCUGAAGCACCCAACAUCCUUCCCGGCGCCCGCGUCGCUCGCCUGGCCGCGCUCGAAUCGUCCUCCUCCUCUUCCAACCAUGGCCACGUCGCCGCCUACAAUCGCCCCUCCUCCGACGCAUACGACAGCCCCGAUUCGCACCGCCACUACGGCGCUGGCAUCCCCCCAAAGCGCACGGGGUCGCUGUCCUCGCACGACCACGAGAGCCCCGACUCCCGCAUCGGGCCACGCGGGCAGACGCCCGGAGGCACGAACGGGAACGGCGACUACAGCUCCCCUGAAGGGCUGGGAUCCGGGCAAUCGGAGCAGCUACAGAGCUUCAAGGACUACUACUCGCAGGAGGAGAUCAAGCCGGGCGACGCCGUGGCGACGCUGUGGGCGUACGCUCCGCGGGCAAACGACGAGUUCGAGCUGGAGCGGGGGGAUAUGUUGAAGGUGGUGGGAAUUUGGGACGACGGGUGGGCGACGGGAGUCCAGGUGCGGGAGCGGGCCGAGGAGUGGGAGGAGCGGAGGAGGGAGAAUCGGGAUAGUGGGGUGAGUAAUGGGAGUGGGUUGCCGGUCCAAGGGGCGCGGGUGGGUGAUGAUGAUGUGGGACCGACAGAGGGGGAGAUCAAGGCGUUUCCGCUUGUCUGCGUCUGCCUUCCACAACACUGGCGAAAGACCAUCGAAAGCGACACCGCCGACCCGGGCAUGGGAGGCCCCCCUGGCGGCCACCCGCCGGCGAGUCCUUGAUUCCACCUACCGUGCGCCGAUUGCCUUUCCCCUCUGAUGCCGACAUGACCCCUUCUCUUCGACCCUCCAAAUUUCACCUCUCUUCACAUCAACCGACCACCCCGGACCCAGCGACGACCCCAUCCAACGUCUUCUCUUCAACUUCGCUGUUUUGCCU